AUGACUCCAGCAGAUCAGCGAUCGGUAACCCCGCACCGCCUGUCACCGAACACUGCACCACCCCGUGAACAGAAAAAAAACUGGACGAGGGAUGAUCGGCCGUUGAGGCCGACACAAAGGUAUGGAAGUGACUUAGUUCUAGUCGAAUCUUAUGGAGAAAACAACUUCACAGCUUCGUUGGCCCUUCGCCAGCUGAACCCAGCAGACAGGAGGGCACAGCACUACUGGUUAGGGCUUGCCUCCUUGGACGAUCUUCGGACCAACACACUCGAGUCUGCUGCGGGUCUGCUCGUAUCCCAAUAUGCAGGAUUUUGGUCCAUGGACCAACCAGACUCCAGCUAUGGUGAGUGUGUUGAUGUGACUGUAACAGAUGAGCAACAGUCUUGGGAGCUGCAGACAUGUGAAACUCUUCUUCCUUUCCUUUGUCGAGCUAACGCAUGUCCUUCUGGAUCAUUUCAUUGUUCAAAUGGGCAGUGUGUGAAUGGAGCGUUCAAAUGCGACAAGCAAAAUGACUGUGGUGACUGGUCUGAUGAAAUUGACUGCCCUUCAAACUGCAACUACUAUAUGGCUAGCAGUGGUGAUGUUGUUGAGAGUCCUAACUACCCACAAAAAUAUGAAGCACUGAUGAACUGUAAAUGGACUCUCGAAGGUCCUCAUGGACAUAAUAUUUUACUGCAGUUUCAAGAAUUUGACACAGAAAAGUCAUUUGACACUGUACAAAUCCUUGUGGGUGGAAGAACAGAAGAAAAAUCAGUAAACUUGGCUACUCUUUCAGGAAAACCAGAAAUCGCAAAUACAUCAUUUGUGUCUGCUUCAAAUUUUAUGAUAAUCAAAUUCAGUACUGAUGCCUCGGUUGAAAAGAAGGGUUUUAGAGCUUCAUGGAAAACUGAACCACAACUUUGUGGUGGAAAUUUAAGAGCUACAACCCAACCCCAAACCAUUAACUCACCUGGCUAUCCCAAGAAAUACCCUGGCGGUCUUGAAUGUCUCUAUAUAAUUACUGCUCAGCCUGGAAGAAUUAUAACCUUGGAAAUUGAAGAUUUAGAUCUUGAAUUAGGAAGAGAUUAUAUCUUAAUUCGUGAUGGUGAUACACCAAAAAGCCGUCCUGUAGGCAGGCUUACUGGACAGAGAGAAUCAAACCCAAGACUUGUAAUGUCUACUGGAAACCAGUUAUAUCUAUAUUUCAAAACAAGCCUUGGAGAUUCAAGGAAAGGCUUCAAAAUCAGAUAUUCUCAAGGUUGUCGUGCCACAAUCGUUGCAAGCAAUGGAACAUUGACUUCUCCUGCCUUUGGUUUGUCAAACUACCCUAGCAAUCAAGAUUGUCUUUUAAGACUUCGUAGUCCAUCGAGAGCACCAAUUUCUUUACGCUUUGACUCCAUGCUUGUUCAUCCUUCUGACAGUGUUCAAAUCUUUGAUGGUGUCACAACAUCUGGCCUAAGACUUCAUCCAGGAAAUGGAUUUUCUGGAAACUCGGUACCUCGUAUAACAUUAACAGCUUCAAGUGGUGAUAUGCUCGUAAGGUUUACUACUGAUGCACUUCACAAUUCUAAAGGAUGGCAUGCCACAUUUUCUGCAGAUUGCCCUGUAUUGAGACCUGGAGAAGGUGCUUUAGCUUCAAGUAGAGAAACUGCAUUUGGAACAGUUGUCACAUUUACAUGUCCCAUUGGUCAAGAGUUUGCUACUGGUAAGGCAAAGAUCACAACUGAAUGUCUACCCGGCGGUAACUGGUCUGUGUCAUAUAUACCAAGAUGUCAAGAGGUAUAUUGUGGGCCAGUACCUCAAAUUGACAAUGGUUUUUCGAUCGGAUCAACUAAUGUUACCUUCAAAGGUGAAGCCAUGUAUCAAUGUUAUGCAGGUUUCGCAUUUUUAUCUGGAAGGCCAAUUGAAAAAGUUUCGUGUCUAGCAGAUGGUCGGUGGGAAAGGUUACCAGCUUGUUUAGCAUCUCAAUGUCCACCUUUGCCAGAAACACCUCAUGCCAAUGCAACAACCUUAAACGGCAGUGGUAGAAGCUAUGGUACUAUUGUCAGAUUUGAAUGUGAACCAGGCUAUACAAGGAAUGGUCAUCCAGUAAUUUUGUGUAUGAGUAAUGGAACAUGGUCGAGUGACGUUCCUGUUUGUUCAAGAUCACAGUGCCCCAUAAUACCUGAAAUAGCCAAUGGUUUUGUGCUUGACACAACCAGAAGUUACUUUUACGGUGAUGAGGGAAGAAUUCAGUGUCAUAGAGGCUUUAAACUAAUUGGAUCAAGUGUGAUCAGAUGCGGUCCAAACCAGGAAUUUCUUAAUCUUCCUAGAUGCGAAGAUAUCAAUGAAUGUGCAAGCAGCCAGUGUGAUCAAGCUUCAACGGAAUGUGUGAACACUGCUGGUAGUUUCCAUUGUAAGUGUCGUGCUGGUUUUGUUGGUAGCAUGGAAUGCCGACCAGUUGGAGAUCUCGGUUUUACUACAGGAGGUAUUCCAGAUGAGGCUAUAACAGUCUCUGGGUUGGAAGCUGGAUAUAGUAAAGAUAUGGUGAGACUCAACAGUAGGCUAGGAUGGUGCGGAAACAGUUUAGAACCAGGCGGUAACUGGGUACUUGUUGAUUUACGAGCUCCAACUGUUAUUCGAGGAUUUAGAACACAGAGCACUCCUAGGCCUGAUGGAUCUAUUGCUUUUACCUCUGCUAUUAGAAUACAAUACACCAAUAACUUAACUGAUAUAAUGAAAGAUUAUACCAAUCCUGAUGGAACACCUGUAGAGUUCAGAAUCUUAAGCCCGAGCUUGUCUGUUUUAAAUCUUCCAGUUCCCAUUGAAGCGCAGUAUAUUAAAUUUAAAAUUCAGGACUAUGUCGUUGCUCCUUGUAUGCGUUUAGAAGUUAUGGGAUGUACUCGGCUUGAAUGUACAGAUAUCAAUGAGUGUGCAGAGAAUAAUGGAGGUUGUGAUCAAAAAUGUAUUAAUAGCCCAGGGAACUUUUCUUGUGUAUGCAAUGUCGGCUAUGAAUUAUAUCUGAAAAAUGGCACUGCAGGAUUUGCUAUUGACUCUUCAGAAACAGGAGAAAGAGAUGGUGAUAUUUUCCAAAGAAACAAAACUUGUGUCCCUGUUAUGUGCCCUGCUUUAGAACCUCCAGAAAAUGGAAUGAUUUUAUCAACUAAAGAGAAAUAUCACUUCAUGGAUCUUGUCAGUUUUCAAUGUAAAUUUGGAUAUGUCAUGGUAGGAUCUGCUUCUCUUCUAUGUACUUCUGGAGGAGCUUGGAAUGGAACAGUACCAGAAUGCCAACAUGCUCAAUGUGUAUCGUUAGGAGAUAACAAAAAUGAAGGAUUAGAAAUUGUAAGGUUGAAUAAAGAAUCAAAAUUAGUACCAUUCCAACAAAAUGUCACUGUCCAAUGUAACAGUCCAGGAAGGCAAUUGAGGAGGACAGCAACUUCAUCUUUUAGGCAGUGUGUUUAUGACCCUAAAAUGGGAGUACCCGAUUAUUGGCUCUCUGGGGCUCUUCCUGCGUGUCCUCGAGUAGAUUGUGGAAAACCUGUUCCAACUCCAGGAGCUGAAUAUGGCAAUUAUCUUGACACAAGAUAUCAAUCGUCCUUCUUCUUCGGUUGUCAAGAUACCUUUAAAUUAGCUGGACAAACUGACAGACACGAUAAUGUUGUCCGUUGCCAAAGUAAUGGUAUUUGGGACUUUGGAGAUCUGCGAUGCGAGGGUCCUGUUUGUCAAGAUCCUGGCAGGCCCAUAGAUGGUUACCAGGUUGCCACAAGCUAUGAACAGGGUUCUGAAGUUCAAUUUGGCUGCACUAGACCAGGUUACAUUCUAAUUAACCCUCGCCCUAUUUCAUGCAUACGAGAACCCGAAUGCACAGUUGUCAGGCCCCUUGGUUUAACAUCUGGCAAAAUCCCCGAUUCAGCAAUCAAUUCAACCUCUGAAAGACCUAACUAUGAAGCAAGAAAUAUUCGGUUGAAUUCAGUAACUGGUUGGUGCGGAAAACAAGAAACAUUUACAUAUGUUAGUGUUGAUUUAGGACAAGUUUAUCGAGUCAAGGCAAUUCUAGUAAAAGGAGUAGUUACAAAUGAUAUUGUUGGACGUCCAACUGAAAUUAGGUUUUUCUACAAACAAGCUGAAAAUGAUAACUAUGUCGUCUAUUUCCCUAAUUUCAAUCUCACAAUGCGUGAUCCUGGAAAUUAUGGUGAACUUGCAAUGAUUACUCUCCCAAAAUAUGUUUCUGCCAGAUUUGUCAUUUUAGGUAUUGUAAGUUACAUGGACAAUGCUUGUUUGAAAUUUGAACUCAUGGGUUGCGAAGAACCAAAAAGAGCUCCUCUACUUGGAUUUGAUUAUGGUUAUUCUCCAUGUGUUGACAAUGAACCUCCAGUAUUCCAAAACUGCCCUCCACAUCCAAUUAUUGUGAGAAAAGGCCCACAUGGUAUAGAACCAGUAAAUAUAACUGAACCAGUUGCUGUGGAUAAUAGUGGCUCUAUCGCUAGGCUAGAAGUCAAACCACAUGGAUUUAAGACUCCUGUCACAACAUUUCAAGAUAUGGCUGUGAAAUAUGUCGCUUAUGACUUCGACGGAAACGUAGCCAUUUGUGAAAUUAAUAUCACUGUUACAGAUGAAACACCUCCUCUUCUAAGCUGCCCUCAAAGCUAUGUUAUUGAACUUGUUGACAAACAAGACAGUUAUGUUGUUAACUUCAAUGAAACUAGGAAGAGAGUUAAUGUCUCUGAUGCAUCUGGAGAAGUUUUAGUGACAUUUGUUCCUGAUAAAGCAACAAUUCCCAUUGGAUCAUUUGAAAACGUCACUGUUGUUGCAACGGACAAGUAUGGAAACAAAGCUAUGUGUCAUUUCCAGGUUGCUGUACAAGCAACAUCAUGUGUAGAUUGGGAACUGAAGCCACCGGCAAAUGGAGCUCUGAAUUGCAUUCCAGGAGAACGUGAAGCUGGAUUGCAAUGUAUUGCCACAUGUAAUAGAGGAUUUAGGUUUACUGAUGGUGAGCCAGUAAAAACAUAUAGCUGUUCAAAUAAAAGCCCUUGGACUCCUAGUUCUGUCGUACCUGAUUGUGUUUCUGAAGAUACACAACAAGCUGAUUAUAAUGUCAUUGCAACAAUGACCUAUAGGGCAAAUGGAGCCGUCACCUCAGCCUGCUUACCACAGUACACAGACUUGAUGUCUCAAUACUACGGUCAGAUCAACACUAUACUUAGCCAACGCUGUUCUGCUGUUAAUGUCAAUAUGAAUGUUUCCUUUAUCACAGCUACACCAUCUUUACUGGAUGAUAAUGUAGUUAAGGUUGAUUUCACUUUGGUUAUUAUUCCUGCAGUAAAACAACCCCAGCUUUAUGACCUUUGUGGCUCAACUUUGAAUCUCAUUUUCGAUCUAUCAGUUCGCUAUGCAAGUGCAGUUAUUGAUCCACUUUUGAACAUAUCUGCAAUUGGUAACCAAUGCCCUCCACUAAAAGCUUUGUCAUCAACUAUUUCAAGGGGCUUCACUUGUAACGUUGGAGAAGUCCUUAACAUGGAUCCUAACCAAGUUCCUAGAUGCUUACAUUGUCCUGCUGGAACUUAUGCUGCUGUGAAGCAAAAAACAUGCACACCAUGUCCAAAAGGCUUUUAUCAAGACAGGGAUAGGCAGGGAGCAUGCCUCAGAUGUCCCUUGGGAACAUACACAAGAGAAGAAGGAUCCAAGAACAUCAAUGACUGUGUUCCUGUCUGUGGUUACGGCACAUAUUCUCCCACUGGCCUUGUUCCUUGUCUGGAAUGUCCCAGGAACAGUUACACAUCUGAGCCCCCAACUGGAGGUUAUAAGGAUUGUCAAGCUUGUCCAGCUAAUACUUACACUUACCAACCAGCAGCACCUGGAAAAAGCUUUUGUCGUUCUAAAUGCCCUCCAGGACAGUACUCAGAUACUGGUCUUGCACCCUGUGCAUUAUGUCCAGCCAACUUCUAUCAGCCUCGAAGCGGACAGACUUCUUGUAUUGAAUGUGGCACCAGCCUAGUUACCAAAGGACCAGGCUCAUCAGCUCGGGAAGAUUGCCAUCCUCUUCAGUGCUCUGAAACUUCUUGUCUUCAUGGAGGCCUUUGCGUUCCUAUGGCCCAUAGCAUCCAAUGUUUCUGCCCUGCUGGAUUUUCCGGAAGGAGGUGUGAAAUUGAUAUAGAUGAAUGUGCAUCACAACCAUGCUACAAUGGUGGUACAUGCAAAGAUCUUCCUCAGGGAUAUAGAUGUACUUGCAAGCCAGGAUAUAGUGGAAUAAACUGUCAAGAUGAAAGAUCAGAUUGUAAAAAUGAUACUUGCCCUGAGCGAGCCAUGUGCAAAGAUGAACCAGGCAUAAAUAACUACACCUGUUUGUGCCGUUCUGGAUACACUGGCCCCAAUUGUGAUAUUACAAUCAAUCCCUGCACAGCAAAUGGAAAUCCAUGCAAAAAUGAGGCUACUUGUACAGCAUUAUUGCAAGGCAGGUAUAAGUGUGAAUGCCUUGCGGGCUGGGAAGGACAGCAUUGUGAAAUCAAUACUGAUGAUUGUGCUGAGAAACCAUGCUUACUAGGGGCUAACUGUACAGAUUUAAUAGAUGAUUUUAAAUGUGACUGUCCUCCUGGAUUUAGUGGAAAACGAUGCCAGGACAAAGUUGAUCUUUGCACACCAAGCCCUUGUGAAAACGGUGUUUGCAUUGAUAAACUUUUUACUCAUGAAUGUAUAUGUUUCCCAGGCUGGACAGGUGAUAAUUGUGAGAUAAACCUCAAUGACUGUGCCGGUGAUCCUUGUGAAAAUGGUGGCGUUUGUACCGAUCUAGUCGAUGGCUUCUCUUGUGCUUGUGAACCUGGUUAUACUGGAAAGAAAUGUCAGCAUCUUAUUGAUGACUGUGCGUCUAACCCUUGCCAAAAUGGAGGUUCCUGCAUGGAUAUGCUUGAUACUUUUGUAUGCAAAUGUCGACCUGGUUUCUUAGGAAUCUUAUGUGAAGCUGAAAUCGAUGAAUGCCAAAUUGACCCAUGCAGUUCGGAAGGAACAGAAAAAUGUAUAGAUCUCGAUAACAAAUUCUUAUGUCAAUGUAAUAAAGGUUAUACUGGAGAAUUGUGUGAGACAAAUAUAGAUGACUGUGCAUCAUCACCGUGCUUGAACGGCGGACAGUGUAGGGAUGGAAUUAAUGGUUACAGCUGUGAAUGCCCUCCAGGAUGGACUGGUCACAGGUGUGAAUAUGACAUCGGCUCAUGUACUAACAGGCCAUGUCAAAACGAUGCAACGUGUAUUGAUCUCUUCCAAGAUUUCUUCUGCGUUUGUCCUUCAGGAACUGAUGGGAAACAGUGUGAGACAGCUCCUGAAAGGUGUGUUGGUAGUCCUUGCAUGCAUGGAGGCAAGUGUCAAGACUUUGGAUCAGGAUUGAACUGCACAUGUCCUGCAGACUACAGAGGCGUAGGUUGUCAAUAUGAGCUUGAUGCUUGCGAAGCAAAUGUGUGUGAAAAUGGUGCCACUUGUGUCGAUACGGGCCCAGGAUACAUGUGCAUUUGCCCUCCAGGCUUCACAGGUAAAAAUUGUGAUGAAGACAUUGUCGAUUGUAAAGAGAAUUCUUGUCCACCAACUGCUACAUGUAUUGAUCUCACUAACAGAUUUUACUGCCAGUGCCCAUUCAAUCUGACUGGAGAUGAUUGCAGAAAAACUAUACAAGUCGAUUAUGAUCUUUCCUUCCCCGAAUCUUCUGACAGUAGUGCAGCUCUUUCUGUUCCAUUUGUUCUAUCUGGCAAAAGCAGCUUUACUAUUGCCAUCUCAGGCUAUAUGGCAACGGGUAGAAGAGUACUUGUUCAGGCCCACUCAAGUGGUGUUUUAGUUUCUAUCUUCCCAGAACUUCAAGAUGUCUUCUUAGCUUUCCACGAAUAUGCUACCAUAAAUGAUGGUCAGUGGCAUCAUGUUGCCAUCGUAUGGUCCGAGGGCACCCUGACACUUGUAACUGAAGGCUUAAUUGCAAGCAAGGUUGAAGGAUAUGGAACUGGAAAACAGCUUCCGGAAUAUGGUUGGGUUGUUCUUGGCAAACCUAGGCCAGAUACAAUCAAAGCGUAUACAGAAGCAGGAUUCCAAGGGCACCUAAGCAAAGUCCAAGUUUGGGGAAGGGCUUUGGAUGUCACGAAUGAUAUUCAAAAACAGGUUCGAGAUUGCAGAACAGAGCCAGUGUUAUAUCCAAACUUAGUACUUACAUGGUCUGGUUAUGAUGAUAUCACUGGAGGUGUUGAAAGAAGGGUUCCAUCGCAGUGUAGUCAACACUCCUGCCCAGCUGGAUUUACUGGAUCCAACUGUGACCAAUUACAAGUCGAUAAGAUUCCUCCCAAAGUUGAGCAUUGUCCUGGAGACUUAUGGGUGAUUGCAAAGAAUGGAUCAGCUGUUGUUACCUGGGAUGAACCAAGAUUUACUGACAACAUAGGCGUGGUCAAAGUUGAAGAGAAGAGCGGUCAUCGACCAGGCCAGAGCUUACUUUGGGGAACAUACCUUAUUGCAUAUGUUGCUUUUGAUCAAGCAGGAAACUCUGCUACCUGUUCCUUCAGAGUUUAUGUAUUAUCCGAAUUUUGUCCUUUGCUUGCUGAUCCAAUUGGAGGAAACCAACAGUGUAAAGAUUGGGGCUCUGGAGGACAGUUCAAAGUUUGUGAGAUAAGUUGUGGACCAGGAUUGUCUUUCUCACAACCGGUACCUAAGUUCUACACUUGUGGAGCUGAGGGUUUCUGGAGACCUACUGAAAACCCAGAACUUCCUUUAAUAUACCCAGCUUGUUCUGCAUCCAAGCCAGCCCAGAGAGUUUUUAAGGUGAAUAUGUUGUUCCCUACAUCUGUUCUUUGUAAUGAAGCUGGACAAGGAGUUCUGAGACAGAAAGUGAAAGCAGCAAUUAAUUUAGUCAACAGAGAUUGGAACUUCUGCUCUUAUUCUGUUGAAGGGACCCGUGAAUGCAAAGACCUUGUAAUUGAUGUAAAAUGUGAUCAUCGUAAUUCAAGACCAUCAAGAGAAGCAGAUGUCAAUAGGACACCUCGACAAACAAGCGAUACUUACAGUGUACAUAUUUCAUUCCCUGCAGUGAAUGACCCUGUUGAGAACUUGAACUCUAACCAAAGAUCAACAGUACAAAGACUCCUCGAGAAGCUGAUACUUGAGGAAGAUCAAUUAGACGUCCAUGAUAUUCUCCCCAAUACAGUACCUGAUCCAGCAUCUUUAUCACUCACCUCAGAUUAUGCUUGUCCUAUGGGACAAGUCGUCAUGGCUCCUACCUGUGUUGCUUGCUCCAUUGGAACAUAUUUUGAUAAGAACUCUGGAAGCUGUAAGCCUUGCGCUACUGGAACCUACCAAAGUGAAGCUGGACAAUUACAGUGCUCAGUCUGUCCAGCCAUUGCUGGUCGACAAGGAGUGACUAUCGCUCCAGGAGCUCGUUCCGCUGCUGAUUGUAAAGAAAGAUGCCCUGCUGGAAAAUACUAUGAUGAAGAAGCAGGGCUUUGCAGAAGUUGCGGGCAUGGAUUUUUCCAACCACAGGAAGGCAGCUUCAAAUGUCUACUCUGUGGACUUGGAAAGACGACGAGAACAACUGAGGCUGUGUCUCAAGAAGAAUGCAGAGAUGAAUGUGGGUCAGGCAUGCAGCUUGGACUCGAAGGUCAGUGUGAACCUUGUCCUCGUGGAACUUACAGGACACAAGGCCUGGAAGCUGCUUGCCAAUCAUGCCCCACCGGCCGAACUACAGCUAAAGUUGGAGCAGCAACUGUUGAAGAGUGUUCUCUUCCUGUCUGCUUGGCUGGUACAUUCUUGAAUAGUAGUCUGAAUACUUGUGUAACAUGUAAGAAAGGCACAUAUCAACCAGCAUCCCAGCAGACAUCAUGCUUACCUUGUCCAAUCAAUACCAGUACCAAAGGCAUCGGUUCUACAAGCAAAUCUGAUUGCUGGAAUCCAUGUGAAGUGAAUGGUUCAGAGAUGCUUUGUGAUCCAAAUGCCUACUGUCUUCUUAUUCAAGAAACUAAUGAUUUCAAAUGUGACUGCAAGCCAGGUUAUAACGGAACUGGAAAAGUUUGUACAGAUGUCUGCGAAGGUUACUGUCAGAACAAAGGAACUUGUGUCAAGGAUUCAAGGGGAACACCCUCUUGCAGAUGUGUUGGGUCAUUUAUUGGACCCCAUUGUGAGGAUAAAUCAGAAUUUGCCUAUAUUGCUAGUGGAAUUGCAGCAACUGUAAUAUUCCUUAUUGUCAUUGCACUGUUUGUAUGGAUGAUAUGUGCAAGAGCCGAAAGGAGGAAAGAACCAAAGAAAUUGAUUGCUCAAACAAGUCCAGAUCAUACCGGAUCACAAGUAAAUUUCUAUUAUGGAGCUGCACCUUAUGCUGAAUCUAUUGCUCCUUCACAUCAUUCAACAUACGCCCAUUAUUAUGAUGAUGAAGAAGAUGGCUGGGAAAUGCCAAAUUUCUAUAAUGAAACCUACAUGAAAGGUAUGCACAAUGGCAAGAUGAACAGUUUAGCAAGAUCUAAUGCCAGUAUAUAUGGAAAUAAAGAAGACCUUUAUGAUAGGUUAAAGAGGCAUGCCUAUCCAGGGAAGAAAGGCGGAUCUACGGAGGGAAUCCAUAGGAUGGUCUCGCCGGUCACCUGCCUUUUUAAAAGAAAAGUAAUUCUUAGCUUGGCAAAAGAUUUCGUCUAGGGCAAUUCACCUGAUGCUGGUCCAGUCACAAUGGAGGAUGUAGAAAAGGAAGCAAAGACUAUAAUCGAAAAAAUUGUUAAAGAUGUUGGGAAAGCUUCGGCAUCUAAACAACUCAUUUUUGGUUGUACCUCAGGAUGGUUAACAGGAUAUUUAAUGAUGAAAGUUGGGAAAAUGGCAGCAGUAGCACUUGGAGGUGGAAUAAUACUUCUUCAAGUGGCGAACCACAAUGGUUUCAUUAAGGUUAAUUGGGACAGACUUUACAAAAAGGCCAAUGAAGUAGGAGACCAGUUGGAGACAACUGCGACCAGUAAGGGACCAAAGUUGAUGGAUAAGUCUCCUUAG